GAACACUUACUUCCGGUCGGGCUUUUUGGAAAAAAACUUUCAGAAAAAUUGAGUGUUUAUUUUUAUUAACAUUUAAAGACGAAAAACCAUGAGCUGCUGUUGUGGAACUCAGACGACGGGCUGUUGCGAGUGUCCACCUGGGAUAAGGCUGGAGAAGACGAAACAGGCGCCCUUCUUCGACAUGCUGGGUCCGUAUCCAGAUGAGGUAAUCAUGACCAUCCUGGAUCGCAUUCUCUACCUCUCGGGGGCCACCAGAAUAAUUCCCAUGCUGGAUGUAGCGGGAUUGAGUUCAACUCUCAAAAAGGAAUCCUGCCCUCCGCCGUCCACCUGCGCAACAAGUCUCAGCACAACGACAUGUCCUUCGUCGUCGGCCUGGAGAACGUGCUGCUCCAAGCCGUCGAGUAGUUGUUGCACCAAGCCACCGAGCAGCUGCGGGAGCAUCGGAAGGCAAAAGUUUCCCUCAGUGCCCUGCAGUGCAAAGUCAUCCUGCAUCAAGACCUCGAGUCGCCUAAGUGCCGCCGCCUGUUGCCCCCGACAGCGUACUCCCAGGGUGGACUUCGAUCAUCCCGCUGAGAAUAUCCCGAUGCGAAGGACGGCGGGCAGCGCCACCAUUAAAGAGCAAAUGGACCGAUCCAUUUCCAAGAACUCGGUGGCCUGUCAGCAUCUGAAAACGAAACUUAAGUCCGAGGUAUCUCCGGGACGAGAGGAACAAAAGUGGUUGUGGACUCGUUUGGUUCCUGGCAAUGAUGGCUGCAUGGUGUACGAGGUCUACAAGGACUCGGAUGCGGACAACUCCCCCUCCAGGAUCGGAAAGGAGACACCUAUCAUUCUCUUCCUGGUCAUGCCGAACGGUUACAUAAUGCCUUUUGAAUCGAUUUGCAAUCCUUAAGGCGGAGGCACUUUGUAUCCUCUCUUAAUUGCGUGGCCAUGUAAUUAUUAUUACAAAUAAACUUAAAUGAUUUUUACUUAA